AUGAAUCCUAUUGCGAAGCCUGGUUGCGCAACCAGAUGCGGCAAUGUAACCAUUCCCUACCCUUUUGGAUUCGGCUUAGAUGAGGAAUGUUCAAUGGGCUACUGGUAUAACAUUAGAUGUAACACCACCUUCAACCCUCCAAAGCCAUUCCUGAGUGAGUCACGCAAUCUCGAGAUCUUAGAAAUAUCGGAAACUCAUAUACGAACUAAUAACUUCAUAGCUAAAAGAUGCUACGGAUCAGAGGAGGCUGUGAAAUCCAAUAAGUUAAUAAAUACAGUUAUGAUGUAUCUCACAACCUCCCCAUUUAUGUUUUCAAGCACUGCUAAUAAGCUCACUGUCAUUGGUUGUGACGAUGUCGCGUUCUUUAACUCUACACUAGGCCAAGACUUCUCUACAACUGGAUGCCUUGCAACUUGUUCCACAAUAGAUGACGUGCUUAAGCAUAACGGCUCGUGUUCGGGUCUUGGUUGUUGCCAAACACCCAUUCCAAAUGGAUUGAAAACUUUCACACUUGGCUUAGAGAGUCCUUUCAAACAUAGAAGCGUCAUGAAAUUCAAUCCAUGUGGUUAUGCUUUUUUAGCUGACAAAGAUAAGUACACCUUCAAUGUUGCUGACCUUUCAGAUCCAACAUUCCUGAGUAGGAUCAACAACAAUUUACCUGUAGUCCUCGAUUGGGUUGUUGGAGCCAACGAGACAUGUCGUUCAGCUCAAAAGAACUCGACUUCUUACGCUUGCCAAAACAAUACUAACUGCACCGAUUUUGAUAUUGGUUCGGGAGGAUACAGAUGUAGUUGUCUUCGUGGUUACGAGGGUAACCCUUACCUUCCUCCUGGAUGUACAGGUUUAGUUCUUUUUCGGCACUAA